AUGGUUAGGGUUUUGGGAAGGAAUGUUGUGAUCGCUGCUUUGAGAAGGAAGUUAAAGGAGCUAUGGGAUCCGAAGGGGGAAAUGUAUGUGAUGGACUUGCCUCGUCAGUUCUUCAUGGUCCGCUUCGAAAAGGAGAGCGAGUAUUUGACGGCGCUGACAGGAGGUCCAUGGAGAUUGUUCGGUAGUUACCUUAUUGUGAGAGCUUGGUCGCCGGAAUUUGAUCCGUUAAGAGAUGAUAUUGUUACAACACCGGUUUGGAUCAGACUAACUAAUAUCCCAGUGAACUUCUAUCAUCGAUCGAUUCUCAUGGGAAUUGCCAAGGAGUUGGGUAAACCAAUACGCGUGGACCUGACUACAUUGAACUUUGAGAGAGCCAGAUUUGCGAGAGUUUGUGUUGAAGUUAACCUCGCAAAGCCUUUGAAGGGGACAGUUCUAAUAAAUGGUGAGAGAUACUUUGUGGCUUAUGAGGGUUUAUCUGAAAUCUGCUCCAAGUGUGGGAUCUACGGACAUCUGGUCCAUGGAUGUCCAAAGACCAUUGUGGAAAGAGUGGCUAAUCCAGUUACCCAAACAGGGACGCCAAUAUCUGCUCAAUCUACGCCGCGACAAGUUCUACAAGUGCAGGGAGAUGGAUUUACUCAGGUAAGGGGACCGCGAAGAGGAAGGAACACACAAUACCGAAUGGCAAAUAUCACGAUGAGAGAAUUAACAGUGGAAGCUAGUCGGAAUAACAGGGAGAAUAUUACGCUUACGAGUGGGGGUGAAGAAAGCGAAAAUAUUGUUAACAGUGAGGAGAAUAAGGAGAAUCAUGAUAUGAACAUCCAAAACAAGAAGGGUAAGGGAAUCUUGCAUGGGAAGGAAUCUUUAAUCUUUGGCGGGAAUACUAGUGCAAUGACUAGUUUGAAGGUGGGGACUAAAGUGAAAGGAGCUGGUAAUAAGAAAGCAAUGGAGGAAGGACGAGGAAAGGCCAAAAAAUUAAAUAAUAGGCCUGUCAGGGGUUUGGUGUUUGGACCAACCAAGGGAGAAGUCAGUUUAUCGGAAUCUGGCAAGAGAUUGAGAGUGGAGAAUAUUGUUGUUGGGAGAUCGGGUGGAGUUUUCCGUAAUAGAGUGGAGGAAGUUAGGGUCAUGCCCCAAACGAUGCAAUUGCGAGAUGAGGAAUUGGAGAACCCAAUGGAUAGUAUUAUCAGUGUGACUGAGCAGCGAGAGACUGAUAUACUGAAUAGCCCGAAGCGGGAUGAGAGGGCUCUGGCCCUCGCAUAA